AUGGACGACGACCCGGCUGCCACCCAGGCCCGGGACAAGGAGGCUCUCAGGACUCUCGCCAGCGAACUUUUAGACCUCGAGGGCGAACGAGACUUUCGACAAGCUAUCGCUGAAUCUCUCGCCGACGGAAACCCACGAGACUACGAGAACGCCUUACGAGAAUACGAGUCGGCUGCGAAGACGAUUGCCAACAAGACACUUGAGAAGCAGCGUCUGGAGCAACGGAUUCGGGCGGCUAGGAACUCUGCGCGACUGUCGACCAGGGACGCUACAUUCGGAGAAGACGCAAAUAUGAGGGCGGCUCGGGACCGCUGGGGAGUCGCCCACGUCCCUUACAGAGCGACUACCGGAUCUCAGAACGCAGGUGCCUCUCAGGGGCCUUCGAGAAAUCCUCACGCCAUGCCCAACUCGGGUUCCGGCCAUGCCGGCUCGUCCUCCUGGGACCCCUUUCAAGCGCCGCCGCCCAAUUUAGGCAGCUCGGCAGGCCGUAUGAAUCCAUUCAACAACAAGAGAUCAUUCGGUACCGCCUCUGACUCUUUGGGCCAGUCCAGCCCGGGCCGGAGCAAGUCUCAGCGCACCACUGAUGUGUCUGAUGUCAUCGACCUUACUGGGGACGAUGAUGAUGUGCACACAUCUAUUUCGCGCUCAAGGCAACUGGAGGCACAGGAACGAGGCCGUAGAGCUGCCUCACUAGCACGCGCUCGCAACCAGUUUCCUCAGGCUAACCCUUAUGGCACCAGACCUGCCCCGAUCGUACGUCCGCCAGGUGCUCAUGAUAGCCUUGGUGCUGGAUUUUCCAACGGUCUACAGAAUCCGAACAACGGCUUCCUCCAGGGAUAUUCCAGCUCGAGCUCUCCUUCAAGCAUGACUUCAACCCCUGGCGGAGACUUCAGAUCCCGAAUGCCUGGUUCUUAUUUCGACGAUGAUGACUUGAACUUUGGUUUCACGCCGGCUAGCCAAAUGAUGAACCGCCAAAUACCCAAUCGUAACGGAUAUCUUUCCGCCAACAGAUCUUCUCUCAGCACGUCUGAUGUGAUCAACAGAACCAACAAUUUCAACUUCAUGGAUCUCACUAAUAACCAUGGAAACCCGCUGGAUGCUCGCGUUGUUUCUAUAAUGGAGGACAUUAACAAUGACCCUCGUAGAUCCAAAGAGGAAGUCGAGGCACUUCUACGCAAUGUGCACGCCGGCAUGGAUAUCCCAGAGGAAGAUCGAGAGGGAACCCCUGAUGCCAUGAGAUAUCCCCUUUAUGCGCACCAACGGGUUGCGUUGACUUGGAUGAUGCGACAAGAGAAGGGCACCAACAAGGGAGGUAUUUUGGCCGAUGACAUGGGCCUGGGAAAGACAAUUUCUGUCCUAUCCCUCAUGGUGUCACAAAAGUCAACCAGACCGGGAUGCAAAACCACUUUGAUUGUGGCUCCACUGUCCCUGAUUCGGCAGUGGGAGGAUGAGAUCAAGAAAAAACUCAAGACUGGCUCACCUCAUGCCUUGACUGUGUGCAUCCACCAUAGUACUCAGAAGAUCAAGGCUCAAGAGUUGAUGAAGUUCGAUGUCGUCUUGACCACAUAUGGGACACUCGUCUCGGAUAGGAAAAAAUGGUUGGCCUGGCUCAAGGACUUGAACGGACGUCCCAUGGCGACCAAGACCGAUCCUGGCCUGGCCAACUCUGUCUCCCUGUUCCAUCCAGACUACUCAAGAUUUUACCGCGUUGUUCUGGACGAAAGCCAACAGAUCAAGAACCAUAAGGCGCAGGCGGCUGAAGCGGCGUCUUAUUUGCAGAGCGACUAUCGUUGGUGCUUAUCCGGUACUCCGAUGAUGAACGGUGUCGACGAGCUCUACUCUCUUUACAGAUUCCUAAAGAUCAAGCCAUACAACGACUGGUCUAAGUUCCGCGGCGCCUUUGGAGUGCUCUUUGGGAAGAAAGGCGACCCUCAAUCCCAGGCGAUGAGAAACUUACAAGUUCUUCUCAAGGCGACUCUUUUACGCCGGACAAAAACCUCGACAAUUGAUGGAAAGCCCAUCCUGCAACUUCCCGAGAAGACCGAAGAAGUGGUUUACGCAGAAUUGGAUGAGGACGAGCGCAAGUUUUACACUGAUCUGGAGACCAAGUCACAGGUUCAGAUCAACAAGUAUCUGCGAAAGGGCACUCUAGGCAAACACUACUCUCAUGUAUUAGUGCUACUUCUCCGCCUCCGCCAGACUUGUUGUCACCCGCAUCUGCUUCUCGAAGCAGACGAUGCAGUCCCUGAAGUCGACGACGAUAUGCUCAGUCGCGUCAGGACUCUAUCUGCAGCUGUUGUCCAGCGGCUUACUGAGAAGUCCCGUGCGCUCGAGAGUGCCGACGCCAUUAACGAAGGCUUUGAGUGCCCCAUCUGCUACGACAUGAUGCCCGACCCGACUAUCCCACUGCCUUGUGGGCACGAACUCUGCGCUGGAUGUCUCAAACAGCACGUUGAUAAUGCUAGGCGUGAAAACAUUAGAAAUGGCGAAGACGAGAGCCAGGUCAAGUGCGCUGUCUGCAGAGGCACGUUGAACCCGGCGAGUGUCAUUACUUUUUCGGCAUUCAAGAAGGUCUACAUGCCGGAUGACGCUACUAGUGCAAGCUCCGACAAUGAAGAGUCUGACGGCUCCGUCUGGAGCAGCGAUGACAAUGAGGGUGAGGAUGAGGACGAGGAUGACGCUGACGCAGAUGAUGUCGAUAAGCACGGCAACCUCAAAGGUUUCGUGGUUCCCGAAGGCUACGCAAAUAUUAGUGAUGAGGAUGACGAGCUGUCAGGGUCACCGGCGCCAAAGCCCAAAGCGAGCGAGAAGACGAAGUCGAAGGGAAAGAUGAAGGCUGCGAAGCCGUCAAGCAAAGAGUCCAAGAAGAGACUGAAGAAGAUCAAGGGCAGCCAGUUGGCAACGCUUCGGAAGAACGCCAAGAAGAAUAUCGGUGCCUGGCAGGACUAUACAAAGUACCUGAGUCACCAUUGGCUUGCUUCGUCCAAGACCAGAGCUUGCGUGGACCUUCUCAAGAAGAUCCAGGAAACAGGCGAGAAGACCAUCAUUUUUUCCCAGUGGACCAUGCUUCUGGAUCUUUUACAGGUCGCGAUCAGAAAGCAAGGUCUCAACAUCAAGCAUUGCCGCUACACGGGAGAGAUGACGAUGGCACAGCGUGACGACACUGCUUUCACCUUUUCGAACGAUCCGAGCAUGAAAGUCAUGAUGGUGUCGCUGCGCGCCGGAAACGCUGGCCUCAAUCUUGUCGCGGCUUCGCAGGUAAUUAUAAUGGAUCCUUUCUGGAAUCCAUACAUUGAGAUGCAAGCUGUCGAUCGAGCUCAUCGCAUCGGCCAGCAAAAGCCUGUACAGGUGCACCGCAUCUUGACCCAACAGACGGUUGAGGAUCGUAUCGUUCAGCUUCAGGAGAAGAAGAGAGCGACCGUGGAUGCCGCCUUGGAUGAGCGUGAGGGUGCGAAGCUAGCUGGCCUCAGCUUGACUGAGCUGCGUUUCCUUUUCAACCUUUGA